AUGUCUGACGCCAAACCGGUACGCCUCGACUGCGAUCUCUUUGAACCUCCGCCCGAUGAUGAGCCUGCCAAGACUGCCGUUGACCCCAACGAGCCACCUCUCCCAAAUUCCAACGACCAGCCUCCCGCGGUGCAAACCGUGGAGCAGCUCGAGGGGAAAACCGAUGGCAGCCCCAUCAAGGCUGCGCAGGGGGAAGAGCAGGCCAUCGCCGCGCCAACUCCGCGACGCAUGACUAACAAACAAGCUUUCUCUCUGUUUGUUCCUCCUCCUCCUCCUCCUGCAACACAGACCUCCACCGCUUCGGCCACGGCCAACACCUCGGCUCCCGCUGCGCCGACCAACGCUCCUCCCCCCGCUCCAACCUCUGUCCCCUCGGCUCCUAGCGGAACCGCUGCGUGGGGUGGCCACCUGGCCGCGUGCCAGCGAGACCAGGAUCUGCGUCUCUUCCUUGCCGGCGGUGACGGAAAGAUUGCCGAGUAUGUCUCGGCCACCUCUCCCGAUGGCGGCAGCGCUUCGAUCGACAUGGCUGCCGGCACCCUCAACACCACCUGCCUCGCCUUCUCGCGCAUCGCUGCUACCACUUUUGCAGGCAACAAGAUCCUCAUUGCCUACCAGAAUGCCGGAGGUGACAUCUGCCAGCGCAUCCUCGCUGCAUCAGGCCAGACCUGGAACGACGAAGAGGUCGUCAUCCCCGCCCGCGACCAGCCCCUGGCCGGCACCACGCUCGCACUGUACGAGACGGCCGAUGGCGCAGUCCUAUUCUGGCAAAACGCCAACGGUGGCCUCGUGCGUAAGCUGCUCGAUGGCGAAGACACGGUCUGUCCGCUCGACAUCAAGGGCGAGACGCCGCUGCCCGGCUUUCACGUCCACGUCAACUACGAGGGUGACGAUCAGCCGCUCACCAUCUACUGGCAGAGCGACAAGGACUCGGUCAUCUACGGUCUUCGCGGCUCUCCCUCGGCUCACAACGUCGGCUUCACCUCUGCUGCUCAGCUCAAGAUGGCUCACCUCACUUCGGCCUUCGCUGUUGUCGAGACACCCGUCAUCGCCGAUACCAAGUCAGGCGGUCCUGUCUUCUACUAUUCAAACUCCAAGCGUCGAUGCGUCGAGUCUAUCACUCAGGGCGAGAUCAACGCGAUCCUCACCCCUGCAGCUGCGCACAUCGACCCCAACUUUGGCAUCUGUCGCCUCCGACCAGCUCGCAGGGCUGCUGACGAUGCCAAGGCCACCAAGCUCCUCUGCAUCAGCGACGACACUUCGUUCUGCAUGCUGAUCGUCAGAGAUGCUGUCGAUCUUGACGACGACAAGACCAAGCUCGUCCAGAUCCACCUCUCCAACGCCGCUUCCACACCCUCUGGAAAUGGACAGCAGCCGGCAGACAACAGCGGCACCAACAGCGGCGCCAACAGCGGCACCAACAGUGGUGGACAGCCGAGUGGCGGCAACUCUAACCAGUCCAGCGGUCAAGACCCGCAGAAGCCCGCGGACGACCAGAAUGUCGACGCCAAGCCGAACAACAUGGCCAGCGUCACGAGCUGGAUCCACAAGACCUGCAAGGAGGUACUCACGCCCGACAACCUCCAGACCGCCGUCACCCAAGGCAUUCAGAUAGCCAAGAAGCUCACCAGCUCCUCGCGUUCCGACACUGUCUUUGCCAACGCCGAAAAGCUGUGGGAAGGCGGCAGCCCGCAGACCAUCUACUAUGGCUUCCUCCCCGGCGAGUUUGCGGGCAACGACAUCCAACAAGGCAAGGUGAGGAGCGUCAUCGACGAGUGGACCUGGUACGCCAACGUGCGUUUCGUCGAGGGCAAGAGCAUCGGUGCUUGCGAUGUGCGAAUUCGCUUCAAUCCCAAGGACGGCAGCUGGUCCUACGUCGGGCAAGAUUGCCACACGAUUCAGCCGCAGGAUGCCACCAUGAAUCUCGCCUGGGUGCUGCCUUCGGGAGCGGUCGCAACGCAGAACGAGAGGGCCGUCAUUCUGCACGAGUUCGGCCAUGUCUUGGGCUUGCUGCACGAGCAUCAGAGCCCUGCCCACGGAGGCACCGCGGUUGUCAAUGUACAGGCCGCCCUCGACAUGUACCGCACCGGACAGCACUGGCCAGACCAGCAGAUCUACGACCAGGUGAUCAACGUCUACAAGAUGAAGGACGUGUCCAACUUCUCGGAAGUAGACACGAAAUCCAUCAUGCACUACCCGCAGCCCAAGGAGCUCACCGGGCUCAAGCAAGACAUCGGAUACAACAAGGAGCUCAGCGACCUCGACAAGGCCUACAUGGUGUUGCAGUAUCCUCGAGACACGCCACACGCGCAAGCGGCUCAGUGGACGUUCGACUAUGCCCUGAGCAAGAUCAACUGCCCGGAAUCCGUGUGCCAGCAGAUGCGCGCGGCGAGGGCCGCAAUCAAAGACUCGAAUGGCAAGACGGACUUGAGCAAGCUUCGCAAGAUCCUGGGCGACUGGUCGAUUGCAGCACACAGCAAGAAUACUGGGGCGUCGCCUGCCCACGACGUGGACAUGGAACCGAGCAGCGGUGCAACGCCGGCGAGCGGAGUGGUCUUCGCCGGUGACGGCGGUGCGAUCCCAUCAUCUGCAGCGGAUCCAGCUCAGCCGCUGCACGAUGGCGCCCCUCCUACUGGGGAGGCCAAGUUUGAUUCAGAAGGACCGUUCAUCAAAGUCAUGUACGACAAGCUCAUGAACUUCUUCCCUCCCGGUGAUGGACAGUACUUUGCGCUACAGUUCCCCACGCGCUACCUCGACAAGGCGUCGUUCGCCUACGACACGAGCAGCGUCUUUUCGCGCUUCGAGAAGCCCGUCGUGGUCAACGAGGCCGAGUUCCGACUGACCGACGAGCUGUACAACCUCGGCCCCAUCGUCGGCGGGCCCAACGGCCAGUCGCUCUCCAACAACUACGUCAAGGUCCUCGACUCGCUCGUGCCUUCCUACGAGGGUAUCGAGGCACGCAAGCAGCGAGAGCUUAUGCGCUCCUGGCUGCUCGCCGAGACGCACCCGGACGAAGCUGCCUUCAUCUCGGACUCGCGCCUUGUGGUACCGAACUUGAACGGAUCGGCUGUUUCACAGCUGGCCGACGGGUCUGGUGUCCAAAUCUCGACCAAUGGCACUGCAGACCAAGUGCUGCCCGACCAGGGAGGCGCUUCGACCGACGCCAGUCUCAACGCCGCCAAGGGUGCGCUUCGGGGUGUCGAGGCCACCGGAAUGACGGAUGCGCGCCUCAUGACUCGCAUGGAGUUCUCCAACACGCUCACCAUGGAGUACCUCGGCGCCAAGCAGAAGUGGGAGCUGGACCGCGACGCACAGAUGCAAGAGGCCGAGGCCAAAAACGACCCCAAGGAGAUGGAGAAGCUCACGCGCAAGCUGGCCCACAUCACGGGCACGCAGAAUGCGAUCCUCUCCAACAAGUACGCCAAUGCCGUCGUGCGAGGUCACACCCACACGGUUCGAGAACUGCUCGGUCAUCUCGACAUCCGCACCACAGCCGAGAUGCUGCAAGAUGCCAAGGACGCUCUUCGCGAGAGUGCACUCAGCUCGCUCUACACUGCUUCGAGCGUCUACCCCGUCCAGAUGGAGCCUACGGACUGGUUCCAGGCGCUCGACACGGGCUUCACAACAGAAGAUCUCAGUCAGACGCCCGAACUGAUGGAGCAAGCGAUUGAAUCGAAAUCGAAGCAGAUCGAGUCGCUCGAGACCAGAAUCGCUACCCUCCGUGGCUUCCAGGUUGGCGACCCCAAGGAUGCUCAAAAGGCUGUCGACGAUGCGGCCAAGAAGCACAUGGAAGCGAUGGGCGCGCUCUCGAAGGCCUAUACCGAGAACACGAUCAGUGCGGUCAAGCUCGCCAUCACCAUCGCCGGCGCCGUCACUCCUGCCGGUGCCGCCACCGAGCUUGUCAGCUCCGCUUGGACGGCGACGAAGGGCAACAUUGCCGGCAACUCGACCGCAAAGAGCAAGCUCACCGGCAUCUUCGGCGACGAUCUCAAGGGCCUCGACGACAUUGGAACGCAGAUCACCGGCGUGACUGCGCUCAACAUGGAGGUCAACGCCGCUUCGCGAGCGCUGACCGACGCCAUGGCCUUUGCCGCACUUGCCAAAGCGGGCGACACGCAUACCGAGGUGGAGAACACACAGCGGGCUCUCACGGCCGCCAAGGACGAGCUUCAGGAUCUGCAAGAUCACUACGGCAUGGCACUCAAAGCCAAGCAGGUACGUGACGAUGACAAAACCAAGCCCACCGAGGACGUCGGCAAGCUUCCCGCGGGCAAUGGCGGCAGCCGAUGGAUCGACCUCUCCGUCAGCUCCUUGGUCAAGAACAACGAGAAGUCGAGCGUCGCCACCAGCUCGGCGACGACGAGCUCCUUCUCGUGCAACUUCUGGCUCGGUUCGGUAUCCAAGAGCUCGUCUAACCAGGCAGCAUCGGUAAUUGCUAAGCAGAAAGAAUAUUCGCUCAAGGUGACGGUCAACAUGCGAGUCACCUACGUCACUGUGGAUCGCUCUGGCUGGUUCGAUCCCAGCAUCGCCCAGAUGAGCGGUGCCUUCAUGCACCUCUACCAAGGCAGCGAUUACGCGUCCUGGUCGACCUGGACCGACGGCGUCAACAGCACCACAAUGGCUGCAGAGGUCUCGCAAGGCAACACCAGCCACAUCAAGGAGGGAUACCUGUCCGUCUUCCCCGUCGGUUACGUCUUGGUCAAGGAUUGCGUCAUCCAGGUUCAGUCGGACGAUUUCAAGAGUGACGAAGACCGAUCGUCCUUCAAGGAAAACAGCUCUACCUCGGGAGGCUUCCUGUGCUUCUCUACGAGCAGCUCUUCGAGCAAAACGGGCGACUCGAGCCACUCGAGCUCCACGCAGACGAGCGAUGGCAUGGUCAUCCGUAUCCCCGGUCCGCAGAUCCUGGGCUACAUGAUGCAGCUAGUGCAUCCAGACAAGUCGCGCGAGUUUGUCAAGAUGCCCACCGACUAUCUCUUUGAAGAGAUGCAGCGGAUCGACUCGGAAGACAAGAACCGCGGCGGUGCUUCGGGCGGAGGAUCGGGACCUGCCCACGGCAUCAAUCCUGACCAGAUCCCCGACCAGACCGACAGGAAGCCCGGUGUCAGACGCUUCAAUGCAAGUGGCAUGUUCCGCGACGGCGACAACAAGCCAGCUGCAGCGACCUCCUCCAGCCAAGGCAGUCAGAGCGGCCCUUCGGUCGGACCAGCCUCGUCCAUCGAUCCAAAUGCUGGCAACGGCACAUUUGCGUCGAACCAGAGCUACGCUGACCAGGUCAAGACUCUCUUCCUCAACAAUCCAGCGCUCAAGGACAGGACGCCCGAGGAUAGGCAGAACCUCUAUGCCGCUUUCGAGAAGGCGCUCGAACAGGCUUUCUAG